AUGCCCGUGACCGACUCCAAGUCUGCACGCAAGAAGAAGGCAAAGGCUGAGGCUACUACUGCUACCAAUGGGUCCGUAAGUGGCGCUGCGGUCACACCUCAAGCAGUCUCCAAGGACGAGUCUGCGGCAGCUGAGGAUGUGUCUGGAGAGCACGCAUACAUCAAAGAGCUGCAGAAGCAAAUCCGCAACACCACCAAAAAGCUGAGCAGUCUGGCAAAGGUUGACGCCAUUUUGUCAGAGAACCCAGGCGUGUCGCUUGACGACCUUGUUGCUCAGCGCAAGAUCAACAACGACCAGAGAGCGGCUGCCCAGAAGAAGCCUCAACUGCAGGCUCAACUGGUCGAUCUUGAGGAGCGCAUAGAACAUUACCGCAAGUUGGACCAAGACUAUCAGGCCAAGUUCACAAAGCAGCGCGACGAGCUCGCGUCGCAACAUGAGCAGACCACCGCCAAGCUGAGGAAGGAGCUGAGCCAAGACGCCUUCGAGACCGCGCAGAAGCUCCUGCGCCAGAAGCUGUUGACAUUUUCCCAGUUCCUUCGCUGUGCAGCUGCUAAGCGCAAUGCUGAAGAGGCCGUGGACGACGAUGAGAGCAGGGCGUUUGAGGGAGCACUUUUAUUGGUCUAUGGAGGCGAUCAGAAGGCCGUGGAUACCGCCAUGAACCUCAUCGAUGGCAGCAACGAGACCGUGCCCAACAUCGACGGCGAGCCAUUGCAAUUCACGUUCGCACAAGUCAAGGAGGUCUCGUUGAAGUACACGCCAUUCGCUAAUGAAGAGACCUGGGUUGACCAGGUCGCCGAUGCGACCAGCGGUGAAGCCCCGCAGCCACCCUCCGACAGUGCUGCAGCCACAUCCGAUCCCACAAUCGUAAAUGCAGGCCUCACCGAGCUGGAGGCAUCGACCGUGCCGAAUGGUCACGUCGAGCCUACAUCUGCUCCUCUAUCUGGUGAAGCAGCAGGCAACGUUGCUGGAGAGCGCUGGGAUGCGGACGCCGCUGGAACCUCUGCAGGUGCCCAGCAAGGCAGUCUCCAGGAGAGCUACGAGAUUGUCCCUCGCCCUUCCGAAGAGGUGGAGAUUCCAGCUGAGACUCCCGCUCCGACACAACAACAAGGUACAAGCUGGGCUGAAGAGUCACACGAGGCUGCGACUGGCAACCAAGCUGGAGAAUCAUGGCACACCAAAGCUCCAGGAGAGCAAGACAAUAGCUGGGGCGACAGCGCUGCGGACACUCUAGCUCCAACGACGGAUGCAGAUGGCUUCAGCGAGGUUCCUGGCCGUACUCGUGGGCGCGGUGGCUUCCGUGGCAGAGGUGAUGAUGAGUUCCGUGGGCGCGGCGGACGUCGUGGCAACUUCCGCGGUCGUGGAGAUGGCGAGUUCAGAGGCGGCCGAGGCGGCGGUCGAGGCCGUGGCGAGGGAGGCGAGUUCAGGGGCCGUGGCCGUGGACGCGGUGGUCCCCGCGGUGGUGCAGCGGCUCCGGCAGCAUCUUAA